AUGUUCCUUAAGCAGUGUAUUUUUCUUCCUACAACAUCAAUUCAUAUUCAGUAUGUACUUGUUAAUGGUGAUCAUGGAAUUAUUCAUAUACUUGAUUUAGAUAUUUAUAUAACAAAAGUUAAAGUAAUAGAAAAUACGAUGAAGUAAGAUUUACAAAUUUCUUUUUUAAAAUAGUUUCGACUAUUUAUUUUGUUUUUUGUUUAGCUGAUGCACAAAAAGAUGUUAAUAGACAAUUUCAAGUUGCAAUCUUAUUAGAGGAUGCUGAAGAAUAUAUUAAAUUUCUUAGACCAUGCAAUCAAAGUAAUAUUUUAUAUUUUUUCUUUAUGAGAUUGAAUUAUGUUAGGUUUUUUUUUAUACAAUAGAAUCAUUUUAUUUUUCGUUUUCUAAUAUCUUCAAUUGAAAGUCUUGAAAACUAGUUACAGGUUUUCAUGUAAAUAUGCCAAUUUUUUGAGAUAUUAAAUGAUCACCAUUAACAAGUACACACUUAAUAUGAUUUGAUGUUGUAGGAAGAAAAACACCU